AUGGAAAUGGGGAACGAGUCACUCACUGCAUGUCGAGGAGGAUUUAUCCAUGGGAAAGCAAUGAGUUACAAUUUCUAUGAUACAUGCAAGCCAGCAAGCAGUAAUAUCUGGUCCUUCGACUCGAUUGUUGGAACUCCCUUGAGCUCAAAGACUGCCUAUUUCGAUGAGUCUACCGAGGGAUCAAUACUCCAUAACGAUAUCUUCGACCCCUUCUGCGACAACACUGGGGAUAGCUCUAUGAUGCGGACGUAUUGUGAUGGGGCACCAUAUGUGGCUACAUCUCAGGACGAAGAUGUAUCUAGAGCGAUUCUCCCCACUUGGGUGGAUAUCCCACCACAAUCACUUUUUUUCGUCAUUAAAUCAUCAAGUGUAGAUCACAUUAUGAAAUCUUUCGACAAUGGAAUUUGGUCAUCUACUCAUUACGGUAACAAGAGACUAUCAACUGCGUUCAGUAAUUUGAAAGAUAGCAAACAUGGUAAAAUUUUCUUACUAUUUUCUGUUAAUGGUUCUGGUAAAUUCUGUGGUGUCGCUGAAAUGACUUCAAAUCUACAUAAAAAUGUAGAUACCACCAAUAUUUGGGAAAAUAGUUCCAAAUAUGGGUUCGCUUUUCAAGUUAAUUGGAUCAUCGUUAGAAAUAUAUCAAACAAAUUCUUGAAAAGAUUCCUGAUCCCAAAUAAUGAAUUCAAGCCAAUUACAAAUUCAAGAGAUACGCAGAGCAUUCCAUUCAAUAUAGGUACAGAGAUUGUUAAGAUCUUCUUGAAUAGAUCAAAUCGAUAUGAUGAAAUUUCAUGUUUUUUAGACGAAUAA